UUUACAUUUUAGUCCGUUCAUCUCUCUGAACCUGUACUUCACCAUGGCCAAGCACUGGAUAGCGGUUCUCCUCACACUUCUGUCUUUGACCAAAGCAGGUUUUGGUGAGACCCUCCCUAGCACCUGCAGGAUCGUGUGUGACCCUUCCUCAGAUCGUUCUAAUGACCAGAAAAAUGGCUUUGUCAUCCCGCUCACCCCCUCUGCAGCAGGCCCUCCUGGUCCACCUGGACCUCCAGGUAAAGCAGGUCCUCCGGGGCUACGUGGACCCUCAGCUAUAGGCUCGGCAAGUAAGGGAGGUGUCGCGUUCAGCGCUGCACUGCAGAACGCUAUCAGCAAGAAUGAGGUGAUAAAGUUUAACGAUGUGAUUACUAACGUGGGAGGUGGUUAUGACUCCUCGACCGGGACUUUCACCUGUAAGUCAGAGGGAGUGUACUACUUCAUCUUUAACAUUGUGAAGACUGGCCAAAACCUUCGAGUGGACUUGGUUCUUAAUGACCAAAAGAUUGUGGCGAGUGCGGUGGCAGUGGACGUCCUUCAUGCAGAUACUGCAACCAACAAUGUAGUGCUGCAGCUAAAAGCUGGAGACCGGCUGUAUGUUCGGCUGAACAACAGUGAUCUAAGCAAGAAGGACUCGCAAAGCCGCUUUACUAUCUUCUCCGGUUAUUUGCUAUAUGAGAACUGAGACCAACAAACAUGAUUCUUUCUGCUUUAACUUCCUUCUUUGCAUUCAGACUGCGGGUGUUUCCUUGAAUAAAGAAUAAAUUCUCUGGCAAUCUGC